AUGGCUCUUACAGGGAGGAUUCCCUGUGAUUUUGGGAAUCUCACAUUUCUUGUUUCUCUUGACUUGGGAAGUAACAGUUUCCAUGGAAAUUUACCUCAAGAAAUGGCACACUUGCAUCGACUUAAGUUUGUUAAUUUAAGUUUGAACAACUUUAGAGGGGAGGUUCCUUCUUGGUUUGGGUUUUUAGAACAACUUGAAGUUUUAAAUCUUGGAAAUAAUAGUUUCACUGGCUCUAUUCCUCUGUCACUCUCUAAUGCCUCAAGGUUGGAAGUUUUAGAUAUAUCUCUUAAUUCACUUCAAGGAAACAUUCCAGAAGGAAUCGGCAAUCUACACAAGAUGAAAUUGUUGUCUAUAAAACAUAAUCAACUAACCGGUUCUAUACCGUUCACUAUUUUCAUUGCAUUUACAGGAAAUCUUCUCAAUGAUUUAUGCAAUGACCUCCCAAUACUCAAAGGGCUUUAUCUAUCCGAUAACAAACUUGGUGGUCAUAUGCCUACAAGUUUGUCAAAUUGCUCAGAGAUUCAAAUAUUGUCUUUAUCACUAAAUGAGUUUGAUGGACCUAUACAUAAUGAAAUUGGAAGAUUGAGUAAUAAUUUGCGGAUAUUGGCUCUUGGAUCUAACUAUUUCACUGAGAUUAUUCCACAAGAAAUCAGAAAUCUUGUUAAUUUGGUGGACUUAAGCGUGGAGAAUAACCAGAUUACCGGCUCUAUCCCGAUCUCCAUAUCCAAUAUCUCCUCAUUGCAACUUGUUUCACUAUGGGGGAACAAUCUCAAAGGAUCCUUACUAAGGGAGAUUGGCAACGUAACCAAGAUGCAAUUUUUAUUUCUUCGCGAAAAUAGGUUUACUGGUGAAAUACCCAAAGAGAUAAGAAAUCUCGUUGAGUUGGAGGAACUUUCUCUUGGGUUUAAUAGUUUUAGUGGUUCACUUCCAACGGAGAUGUUCAACAUAUCAGCACUGAGAAUAAUGUCUCUUUCAUUUAAUAAUAUAUCAGCAACUCUACCACCAAACAUAGGUUCUACCUUACCCAACAUUGAAAAUCUUUAUAUUGGUGGCUUAACCAAUCUUGUUGGGACUAUUCCUCAUUCUAUCUCCAAUUGUUCAAAGCUUACUAUACUAGAUCUUUCAGGUAACAAACUCAGUGGCUUGAUUCCCAAUUCUCUUGGAUAUUUGACUCAUCUACACAUCCUCAACUUGGCGAAAAACAAUUUAACCAGUGAUUCAUAUUUAAGCUUCCUCACUUCCUUAACCAAUUGCAGAAGAUUAACAGUUCUUUCUCUAUCUUUAAACCCUUUAUAUGGCAUGCUUCCGGUCUCCGUAAGGAACUUCUCCAAAUCUCUUGUAAAGUUUUAUGCCGCUGCUUGCAACAUUAACGAAGAUUGA